AUGGAGCAGGGUGCCAGCAGUAGUAUCCAGGUUUUACUGCAAGCAGCUGAGUACCUGGAUCGGAGGGAGCGAGAGGCAGAGCACGGCUAUGCUUCCUUGUGUCCUACUCACAGCCUGGGUCCAGUCAACCGCGGAAGGAGGAGACCCAAGGCUCCUAGGGACAGUUUAAGAUCCAUGCACAGCGAACUGGAGAAGCACAGGAGGGCCCAGCUGAGACACUGCUUGGAGCAGUUGAAACAACAGAUGCCCCUGAGCACAGAUUGUGCCCGAUACACCACCCUGAGCCUGCUGCGCCGGGCUCGUCUACAUAUCCAGAAGCUAGAAGAACAGGAGCAGCGGGCACGAAGACUCAAGGAUAGGCUCCGAAGUGAACAGCGGAACCUGCGCCAGCGGCUGGAACAGCUCCGGGGAGCAGGUGGGGAGUGGGAGCGUCUUCGGGUAGAUAGCCUGGACUCCUCUGGCCUGUCUUCAGAGCGCUCCGAUACUGACCAAGAGGAGCUGGAAGUGGAUGUGGAAAGCCUGGUGUUUGGGGGUGAUGCCGAGUUACUUCGAGGCUUCAGCACAGGCCAAGAGCACAGCUACUCUCACAGUGGUAGUGCUUGGCUAUGACUGGCCCCACAGUAAGCAGAUCUCCCACUCUCCUGGCUGCACCAAGCUGCCCAGCUUGCCAGAGAAGCUGCCACAGGACUGGUGAAGUUGGGCAUUCCUGCAAAGCAGAAAACUAUGGGACUGCAGAGGCUGCUGCUGGCUCUUGGAGCCAUUUUAACCAGCCUCAGUUGCAUCCUUCCUCUCUUAUGUGGGCACGGACUGAAGCUUACUCAUGUUGUGGGGGGAAAACAGGAGUAAGCCAAGCCCUUAACAUGGAACCAAACAAUGCAAAGAUCUAUUCUCUGUUAAGAGGUUACAGGAGGCAACCAGAGGCCCCUAACAAGGGGCUGAUGUGGAGCUGGCCCAUUGCUGCCUGUGUUUUUAUACAUUUUUUACAGCAUUGAUUUUUGUUCCUUUCAGUAUUGGGAUGCAAAUCUUGUGCUAAGCUGAUUUGGUGUCCAGCACCCAAGGGACUAGUAGCAUUAAAGUGGGAUGGGGCUAAACUCAAGACUCUGGCUCUAGCUCCACAGACACCAUACAGUAUUUUCAGUAAAAAAAAAUUUU